AUGCAAGGAAUGUUCAGCAGACCCUUGUUGUUAACACUGGCUGAUGGCCGCGAGGUGGUACAACAAUUUCGAACCGAACCACUCGAACUAGACGCUUUCAAGAUUGCAAAGAACGCCUUGGGCUCUGUCGUUCCUGAUGCUAUGGCCUUGGAAAACGAAGAGCUUUUCAAAGAGGGUGUUUGGGCUUACUCUUUUAAUCGUAUCCACGGUAAUCUCUGGGUUCGAGGUAUUGCUGGUAAGGGUACGAACGGCCGAAUUGCCAUUAACAAAUCUCUUGGUCGCACUAUGUCUAAAGGCUACAUCGCCGAUACUAGCGACGAGGCUGUGGAUGGCCGUGUACGAUCGCAUCUUGAGGCACUUGUGGUAUCACCACUAGAGGACAUCAACCCAUAUAGAGGACAGCUGCAAGGUUUUCUUGACAACCUGGAUCAGUUGAAAAACCUGGUAUGA